CACAAUACGACACAACCAUUCAUAUCUGCUCUUCCCUGCUUCUCUCUCUUCUAUCAUAUCCUUCUCUCUCACUCACGAUGUUGAGAUUCGCGUAGAUAAAAGAUUCGAUGCUCCUCCAAUCUCCUAUGACUGACUCGAUCUAAUCCUUUCUUGCAGCAUACGAUCCAUUCAGUGUGUUUCGUCCCUCGCAGAUCGCAUCGGAAUUACACUUUCCACUCUCUGAUUCAGCUAAGCUUUCCAUUUCUCCAAAAUUCGUCUUCCGAAGUUUAGUUAUUUUGGAGUUGAAUUAUUUGACUGUUAUGGAGGAUGCAAAAGCGAUUAAGAUCGAUGAUGGAAUGCCAGAGACGGUGUUUGGAUUGGUGAUCAAUCACAUACACGACCAGCGUGACCGGGACGCGAUCUCGCUGGUGUGCCGGCGGUGGUUUGAGAUCGAUGGGUUAUCGCGGGAGCAUGUGACAGUGGCGUUGAGUUACACGACGACGCCACAGAUGCUACGGCGGAGGUUUCAGAAUCUUAUUUCGUUGAAAUUGAAGGCGAAGCCACGGGCAGCGAUGUUUAAUCUGAUACCGGAGGAUUGGGGAGGGUAUGUGACUCCUUGGGUGGAAGAGAUUGCCAGGUCCUUCAGUUGCUUGAAGGAGCUUCAUUUUCGGCGAAUGAUUGUCAGGGACUCGGAUCUCGAGCUCCUAGCUCAAUCGCGUGGUCCGCUGUUAGAAUCACUUAAGCUUGAUAAAUGCUCUGGCUUUUCCACAGAUGGACUCCUGCAUAUCACCCGCUCCUGCAAGAAAUUAAAAACUUUGUUUCUGGAAGAGAGUAGUAUCAUUGAGAGAGAUGGUGAAUGGCUACAUGAGCUUGCUUUAAACAACACUGUUCUUGAAACUUUGAAUUUUUACAUGACAUAUCUUGUCAAUGUAAGAUUUGAAGACCUUGAACGCAUAGCCAGAAAUUGUCGGGGUUUAGUCUCGGUGAAAAUUAGUGAGUGUGAAUUACUGGAUCUUGUUGGUUUCUUUCGUGCUGCAGCUGCAUUAGAAGAGUUUGGUGGGGGUUCUUUCAGUGAGCAACCAGAAAGAUACUCUUCUGUAUCAUUUCCCCCAAAAUUAUGCCGCUUGGGUCUGACAUACAUGGGGCAGAAUGAAAUGCCCAUAAUAUUUCCUUUUGCAUCUCUACUAAGAAGAUUGGAUCUCCUCUACGCGCUUCUGGAUACAGAGGACCAUUGUCUUUUGAUUCAAAAGUGCCCUAAUUUGGAAGUUAUUGAGACAAGGAAUGUUAUUGGAGACAGAGGAUUGGAAGUUCUUGCUCGGUCUUGCAAAAGAUUAAAGAGGCUUCGGAUUGAGCGAGGUGCUGAUGAACAGGGGAUGGAGGAUGAAGGAGGAGUAGUUUCACACAGAGGAUUAAUUGCUUUGGCACAGGGUUGCCUGGAACUGGAAUACAUGGCUGUAUAUGUGUCUGAUAUUACAAAUGCAUCUCUGGAAUGCAUUGGCACAAACUUGAAAAACCUCUGUGAUUUUCGCCUGGUCUUACUUGAUCGUGAAGAUAGGGUUUCAGAGUUACCACUUGACAAUGGAGUUCGAGCUCUAUUACAGGGUUGCUGUAAGCUUCGAAGGUUUGCCCUGUAUCUUCGGCCAGGGGGUCUGAGUGAUGUGGGACUGGGUUAUAUUGGGCGGUAUAGUCCAAAUGUGAGAUGGAUGCUUCUGGGGUCAGUUGGGGAAACUGAUGCAGGGCUUCUGGAGUUCUCGAGGGGGUGUCCUAGCCUACAAAAGCUGGAAAUGAGGUGUUGUUGCUUCAGUGAAUAUGCUUUGGCUAUUGCUGCAUUGCAGCUAACUUCUCUUAGGUACUUGUGGGUGCAGGGGUACCGGGCAUCUGAAACUGGUCAUGAUCUGUUAGCCAUGGUUCAUCCCUUCUGGAAUAUUGAGUUAAUCCCAUCAAGACAAGUUGUUGUUAAUGGUCAGCUUGGGGAACAAGUUGUUGUUGAGCAUCCUGCCCAUAUACUUGCAUAUUACUCCCUUGCUGGGCAAAGAACAGAUUUUCCUGAUACCGUGGUGCCUUUUGGAAGCAGCAGCCUUGCUUAAUGCAUAGAUUAGAUCCGGUCUGUAUAUACUAUGUUAUUUAUCUUUUCUCUAAGAGUGCCAACUCUUUUGUUGCAUUCUCUCUUUUAGAUGUCCUGUUUAUAGGUGUUUCCCGUGUCGUUUCUUCUUGGUAAUAAGGUUUGCCUUUCCACGUCGUUUUGAAUUUAGUUUUGAUCCCAAGUCUAAACUUUGUUGUUAUAUAAGUGUGCUUUGUUCUGUAAUUUUAAAGUACUCUAAUGUUUGGUUGCGUGCCUUCUCAAUCCCCACCAGCACAGACACGGCAAUUUCUUCUGAGUUUGAAUUUGCUGGUAACCUGUAUUAGUUUUUCUGGAGGUUUGUUAACUUGUAUUGAGGAUGUGUAUUUCAGGAUGUGCAAAAUUGUAAAUAUGAAUCAAGGAAUAAUUACAUAAUUUCCCUGCUAUGAUUGUUAUAGA